CAAAAUUUCACAUUCAGGAGCCAGACCCAAAAAUCGUGUUGACCGGUGUAAUUUAUUAUGUUUGGUUUUGCCGACAAUUACCGGUAAUGUGCCUCAUAGGCAGAUGCAUUUAAAUAUACCAACAGAUAUACCUUUAGCUGAUCCGUAUUAUCACACUCCAGCACCGAUAGACAUGAUAUUAGGAGCUGAUGUAUUCUGGAAUUUACUAGGAUCAGAAAGAAUCGUAUUAGGGAACCACCAGCCUAUUUUAUUUGAAACUAGACUUGGUUGGGUAGUCAGUGGCCCAAUUAAUACCGGUUUAGCCAAUAAGUUUAAUCAACCUGUCAAAUGCAAUAUUGUAGCCAUUGCUAAUUGUAAUGUAUCAUGUGAAUUUAGUUCCAGAUUCUGUGAAGUAUUCAAGGAGGGCCUGGGGCGGUUCACUGGCGGACCAGUGGGAUUCCAGUUGAGGGAUGGUGCACGACCGGUUUUCAUGCGCGCGCGGCCUCUCGCCUAUGCGCUCCGCGAGCCAAUCGAGCGCGCUCUUGACCAGAUGGUGCGGGACGGGAUCCUGACACCGGUUGCCACCUCCGACUGGGCCACUCCAAUUGUACCGGUGAUGAAAAAAGAUGGCACCGUACGGAGGGGGCUGCGCCACCUAAAGCGGUACCGCAACCAUGGCCUUAUAUUGCUGAACCAUGAGCCAUUUAUUCCUUCGCUCAACAAGGAAUUGGAGAAUCCGAUGCCCUUAGCUAACGAGGAGAUAAACGGUGUCGAACAAAGUGUGGCGCAUGAUGCGACUGAGUCGGGUGUGCGAGAAUCGGAAACCGUGCAGGACAUUAUUGAAAAUCCCACCGUUGAAAAUCAACGGGAGUUAAAAUACGAUGAGAACCCAGUUGCACUGCCCGUGAACCGCUCCAGGAGAAUUAGGAAGCCUAGUGGUGGCUCCGGUAUCGUUACGAAAUAUAACACUAAUGACAAAUCUUCACCAUUAGAUGACUUACAAACUCAGUUAACGCGGUUUUGGCAAAUAGAAGAAAUAAGCCAUCAUGAGUCAUCCACUUAUUCAGCUGAAGAAGCACUUUGUGAAGAACAUUUUGUUAAGAAUACGACACGUUUAGAAAACGGUCGGUUCUGCGUUACAAUUCCGCUGAAAGAAUCUUCUGAUACUUUAAGUGAUUCAUUUCAUCGUGCAAAACGAUGCUUUUUAGCCAUAGAGCGUAGAAAUAGGAAAAAUCCAUCACUCGACAAAAUGUACAAAGACUUUAUGUCAGAGUAUAUUUCUUUAGGACACAUGUCACAGUGUCAAGUUGAAGAAGAUAACGUGUCAUAUUUUAUACCGCAUCAUGGCGUACUACGAGAAAGUAGUACUACCACUAAACUACGCGUAGUAUUUAACGCUAGUGCUCCUACCACAUCAGGGAUUUCUUUAAACCAAAUACAGAUGGUGGGGCCUACCGUUCAAGACGAUUUAACAUCGAUACUUCUCAGAUUUAGGAUGUACAAAUAUGUACUUUCGGCAGACGUAGAAAAGAUGUAUAGACAAAUGUCAAUACAUCAUUAGAUAGGCAUCUGUUAAAAAUAAUUUGGCGCGAUGAUGAAGCUAGUCCUUUCAAGUUUUACAAUUUAAAUACUGUAACAUAUGAUACGGCGAGUGCUCCAUUUCUUGCAAUAAGAUGCCUGAAACAAGUUGGUCUUGAAUGUAAAGAUCAGCGGGUUGCAGAAAUCAUUCAACAUGAUUUUUAUGUCGAUGGCCUUUUGACCGGUGCAGAUCAACUUGAUGAAGCUUAUAUGUUGCGUGAUCAGGUAACUAAUGCUCUUGCUUCCGCUUGCAUGCCGUAAAGGAAGUGGAAGUCUAACGAACCUGCCUUAGUUUCGACCCAGUCUAGCCAGUCACUCCCUAGUUUAAAUAUAGAGGGUGACAUGAUAAAUAAGACUUUAGGGCUUUAUGGACACGUUAUGCUUUCCUAUUAACGCCCCUGAGAAGGUCGAAAAUACAAAACGUGACAUUUUAUCAGUUAUUGCGCGAAUAUUUGAUCCUUUAGGUUUAUUAUCGCCUUGUGUCAUUCGUAUGAAAAUGUUACUUCAAAAGCUAUGGCUUGAAAAAC